ACGUCUAAUUAUCAUGAAUGAUCAAAUAAUUAAUUAGUUAAGCAAGCAGCAGUUAUGGCACAUGCGCAUCAGUUUUCUUGAAAUAUCAUGGGCUGUGCAAAAAGGAAAGCACACGUUCUCUUUCCCUAAUAGUCUUAAAAAUCUCCAGUUAACUUUUGUUUGCUAUAAUUAAAUUAAUCCAUCACCGAUCAUAUCUCUGGCUUGUUUGAAGAUUUAUUAGGGUUGGUCGCACCCCAAUUCACAGGUAUCAUCAAUCUUCAUGUCUGGUUAAUUGAUCUCCUUCGCAUGUCUUUUAUUUUGUUUUCCGGCGGCUAUAGAAUUUCUUAAUUGUUAGGGUUUCUUUUGAGGAAUUUUAGGUCCCUUUGCUCCACACCAUGGAUUUACUGGAGAAUUUUGACAGCAACAUGGUUUUUAUGGAGAAAGCAGAAAACACUAUGGAUUUACUGGGGAGUGUGGAUCUUCUGGUUGAAAAUUUGUGGGAAGCCGAGAGAAGUUACUAUCAGCACUUUGAUCUCAACUUUCCAGUUCCUGUUGAGAACAAUAUACCUCCCUGUGGCCCGUGGUUUCCUGCCCAACCACAGAUUUUUCAAGCUGAAGCAUAUGGAUUGACACGACAACGUGGAACUGCUCGAGAUGUUGAGGUCAUUGAUGAUGAUAUUGCUAUAAUCUCCCCCAACACAUUUGAUCAAGCCAGGAAGAAAGCUAGGAGAAAUCCUGAUGCAGAAGUAAGGGAAAAUAUAAAUAUGGCCAAUCAGGUUCAUGCUGCUGGGAGUGUGCCCCAACUCCCUGGAUCAUCCCAGGCUGUGCCACCAUCCCAGUUCCCUGGAUCGUCCCAGACUGUGCCACCGCCCCAACUUUCUGGAUUGUCCCUGACGGUGCCACCGCCUCAUUUUUCAGGAUUGUCCCAAACUGCACCGCCGCCACCAGCACCAAUGUUUUGUUGCCCGAUUUGUAUGGACGAGAUGAAAGAAGCAACAUCGACAAAAUGUGGUCAUGUUUUCUGCAAGAGUUGCAUUGAAAAAGCACUGGCUGUCCAGAAGAAGUGCCCUACUUGCAGGAUGAAAUGUAUAGCGAAAUCCAUCUUCAGGAUCUUUCUUCCUGCAUUUCUUUAAAAAUUCCUUUAUUUGUAAGUGUAGACUUUGAUUUAACUUAAUUUAAAAGACUGCUAAAUAUCUUAAUUUUUUUUUUAUCGUAAUGUCAUAGUUCUAAGCAGUUUUAACAGAGGCUUUCACUUAAUUUAUCUCAGGAAGGCCCGAAAUCAUUCUGUUAACUGCAUCAUGAACUCUGUUAUUGACAUCAAAUUUAUUUGAUUCUGGAAUAUUGACUUUGUAAAGUCUCUGCAAUUUGCAAAAUUCGAAUGCUCAAUUUAAAGACCCGGUAUGAUUUUUCUCAA